ACCAGCUCAUGAAUAUUAAGUAGCUUCAGGCGCAAUAAGACCGGCCUCCUGCAGCCGCGCACUCAUUCAGCAUCCAGCAGCCAGAGCAACCUCUCACUCAGCUUUCAUCAGACAACUGGGAUCCGAUUGGUUUGGACUGGGAAGAUUCUGACUAUUUAAAAAGUAAAACAUGGCUUUGAGAGGACCUUUAUCCCGUCUUCUCAGAGCUCAACUUGGCCAAACGUGCCAACAAAGCAGAGCCCAAUCCGUCGCUGUGCUCGGAGCUCCUUUUUCAAGAGGACAGAAAAGAAGAGGCGUGGAGCACGGCCCUAAAGCCAUCAGAGAUGCGGGGCUCAUCGAGAGGCUCUCCGGGUUAGAUUACUCCGUGCACGACUUCGGGGACCUGAACUUCCACCACCUGGAGAAGGACGAGCCGUACAUGGACGUGAAGUUCCCCCGCUCUGUGGGCGGAGCCAACAAGAUGCUGGCCGGCGCCGUGAGCCGAGCCGUCGGUGCAGGACACACGCUCGUCAUGCUGGGGGGAGACCACAGCCUUGCUAUUGGCUCAGUGGGGGGCCAUGCGCAGCAGUGUCCCGACCUGUGUCUGAUCUGGGUUGAUGCCCAUGCAGACAUCAACACGCCCAUGACUUCACCUUCAGGAAACCUGCACGGACAGCCCGUCGCAUUCAUGCUCAAAGAGCUGCAGGACAAGAUGCCAGAUAUCCCAGGGUUCUCCUGGACGAAGCCCUUCCUCUCCUCAAGCGACCUGGUGUACAUCGGCCUGCGGGACGUGGACCCCGGGGAGCACCACAUCCUGAAGAACCUGGGCAUCCAGUACUUCACCAUGAGGGACAUUGACAGGCUGGGCAUCCAGAGAGUCAUGGAGGUCACUCUGGACCAUCUCCUGUCCAGAAAACAGAGACCGAUCCACUUGAGUUUCGACAUCGACGCUUUCGACCCGUCUCUGGCUCCGGCCACGGGAACGCCGGUGAACGGAGGCCUGACCUACAGGGAGGGGAUCUACAUCACAGAGGAAAUCCACAACACAGGUCUGCUGUCAGCCAUGGACCUGGUGGAGGUGAACCCGGUGCUCGGGGCGACCCGCGAAGCCGUGGAAGCCACCGCCUCCCUAGCGGUGGACGUCAUCGCGUCGUCUCUGGGUCAGACGAGAGAGGGCGCUCCGGCGUCCAUCCACGAGAUUCCCUCUGGGAAGGACGACACGGAGCAGCUGCGCCUCUAGAGGAGAGAAAGCUUUUGACUCUAUAUCAACACCGACCCCGUGAUCAUUCCACAAUCCUGAAAACGAGACUGUACAAAGACUGAAUCCAAACGUAAAGUUUCUCUUUCUGAUGUUUAGUGUUAUGUUUCAUGAAGAGUAACCGUAAUACCCAGGGCUUCACAGAUUGAGACCCUCCAGAUACCGAUUGAUGGAAACACUUUUAAUUUAAAGCAGCAAUACUAACUUAUGAUAAGUUAAGCGUGAGAGCACACAGCUUCCUCAUAUUUAUUGUGUGUUUGGUUUAAAGAGAUGCACCUGCCUCAGAGGUAUGAUAAACCAAGUUUCCUUUAGUUUGACUCUCCCAACUGUUUCGUGCCAGUUACUAAACCCUAGUAAUGAUGUGUUUGCACUUUUGGACCAGCUGUGGUUACUGUAUUUUCUUUAGAGUUUACUUUUGUAUUUUCACAUUGAACCUGCUCGUACACUUACUGACAUCAGUAGGUGCUGCUAUAUUUAAUGACUACAUGAGUAUUAAUUGGCUUCAAAAGUCCAAAAUGCAGCUUUGAUUGAACCGCUGCUGAGUAACGACACCUGUGUGCUCGAUGUUGCCACUAUUCGACUUUGUCCUUGUAACGCAGAGUUUAAAUUUUGGUCUUCCAUAAAUGUGAUUACAUUUUU